GUCAUACAAACCCAGCCAUUUAAGUAACUAUAUAGCUCUUGAUUGGACUAAACAAGAAGGAGAGUUUAAAACACAUAUGGUAUUUUACUGCGUGCAUCAAUUAUCAACAGCUCAUAGCAAAUGCAAGAUCCCCCUCUGUUCUGAUAAAGAGUUGUUAUAAAUCAUCUUUUUAAAAUUCCACACAUCAGUAGAAACUGCAUAGAGUAUCAGGCCUCCAAACUGAAUUGCCUGGUUUAAAUCACAUUCACCAUUAAAACACUUUUUUAUGUUUAAAUUUUAUAUGAGAGGAAAUACCAUAUUUUAAAAUUUUUGCCUUUCAAGUAGAGUAUCUCAAAAUGGCCUGUUUAUGCAAGUGAUAGUGAAUUUUCAAUCACAUUAAUACACAUUAAAGGCUUUCUUUAUCCUUUUAACGUUUAGUUGUUCCCAUAGAGCUGAGGAGUACUUUCGACUGAGAAAGCACAGCUCUGCUUCACAGCACAGCAUGGACUGGAAAGCCAGGUUCAUGUUUGUGGACAAGGCCUGUCAAACCCGUGUGCCACUCACUCUGCUCGUAGGAGGCUGGAGGUUCGAAAUGUGUCCUAAGGACUCUCCAUACACCGUUUAAUCAUAACAGUGUCAGUGGCCAGACACUUCAACCGCACGAACAAUGAAGACUCGCCAGGCCGUGUCACGUGUCAGUCGUGAGGAACUGGAAGACAGAUUUUUGCGUUUGCAUGACGAGAACAUUUUACUUAAACAGCAUGCCCGCAAGCAAGAGGAUAAAAUUAAAAGAAUGGCCACCAAGUUAAUACGGCUAGUUAAUGACAAGAAAAGAUAUGAGCGGGUUGGUGGCGGCCCCAAGCGGCUGGGACGAGAUGUAGAAAUGGAAGAAAUGAUUGAGCAGCUGCAAGAAAAAGUUCAUGAGCUUGAAAGGCAAAAUGAAGUCCUCAAAAACAGGUUAAUAUCAGCCAAACAGCAACUCCAAGUCCAGGGGCACAAGCAGACUCCGCACAGCCGUGUGCAGGCUCGAGUUAACACUGGCCGCAGGCAAGCAAGUACCAGUACAGGCUUCCAGGAAUGUCCCAAGAAAGGUAUAAGAUUCCAAAAUGUAGAUGAAGCAGAAACUGCACAACCCACACUCACAAAAUAUGGCAAUAGUUUACUUGAAGAAGCCAAAGGAGAAAUAAGAAAUUUAGAAAAUGUUAUUCAGUCACAGAGAGGCCAGAUAGAAGAAUUAGAGCACUUGGCAGAGAUUCUGAAAACUCAGUUGAGGAGAAAAGAAAAUGAAAUUGAGUUGUCUCUUCUCCAGCUUCGAGAACAGCAAGCUACAGAUCAAAGGUCAAAUAUUCGGGACAAUGUAGAAAUGAUUAAGCUUCAUAGACAACUAGUGGAGAAGAGCAAUGCCCUUUCAGUCAUAGAAGGGAAAUUUAUUCAGCUUCAAGAGAAGCAAAGAACGCUCAGGAUCAGCCAUGAUGCCUUGAUGGCAAAUGGAGAUGAGCUAAACAUGCAGCUUAAGGAGCAGCGUUUGAAGUGCUGCAGCCUGGAGAAGCAGUUGCAUUCGGUGAGGUUUUCGGAAAGAAGAGUGGAGGAGCUGCAGGAUAGAAUUAAUGAUUUAGAAAAGGAGCGAGAACUUUUAAAGGAAAACUAUGAUAAACUUUAUAACAGUGCCUUCGGCGCUGCCCAGGAAGAGCAGUGGAAGGUGAAGGAGCAGCAGAUGAAAGUGCAGAUCGCUCAGCUUGAAACCGCCUUAAAAUCGGACCUGAGCGACAAAACCGCCAUCCUCGACAACCUGAAGACCGAGAGAGGACCCUUAAUAAACCAAAAUGAGAAGCUCAUGCAAGAGAACAGAGAGCUCCGGCUCCAGUGUCUGCAGCAGAGGCAGCAGCUGGACGAGCUGGAAAGCCGCAUGAGGUUUUUCAACCAGGAGAGUGAUAUUAAUGCCGAUGACUUGAGUGAAGCUCUCCUGCUUAUAAAGGCUCAGAAAGAACAAAAAAAUGGAGACCUCUUAUUUUUAGAAAAAGUGGACAGCAAAAAUAAUAAAGAUCUAGAACAUUCCAUGAAAGAGCUUCAAGCAACUCACGCAGAAACAGUACAAGAACUUGAAAAGACAAGAAAUAUGCUAAUUAUGCAACAUAAAAUCAAUAAAGACUAUCAGAUGGAAGUUGAGGCGGUGACUCAGAAGAUGGAAAAUUUGCAGCAAGAUUAUGAACUCAAAGUGGAACAAUAUGUUCAUCUUCUCGAUAUCAGGGCUGCACGCAUCCAAAAGCUUGAAGCCCAGUUAAAGGAUAUUGCCUAUGGCACUAAGCAGUACAAAUUUAAACCAGAAAUCAUGCCAGACGACUCUGUUGAUGAAUUUGAUGCAACCAUUCACCUGGAACGAGGAGAAAACCUAUUUGAAAUCCACAUCAACAAAGUCACCUUUUCUUCUGAAGUCCUGCAGGCAUCUGGUGACAAAGAGCCUGUCACUUUCUGUACCUAUGCUUUCUAUGACUUUGAACUGCAGACAACUCCCAUAGUUCGAGGCCUUCAUCCAGAAUAUAACUUCACUUCUCAGUAUCUUGUCCAUGUAAAUGACUUAUUUUUGCAGUAUAUUCAGAAGAACACUGUCACUCUGGAGCUUCACCAAGCCUACAGCACAGAUUAUGAAACAAUUGCAGCAUGUCAGUUGAGAUUCCAUGAGAUUCUAGAAAAAAGCGGCCGAAUAUUUUGCACAGCAAGUUUAGUUGGAACUAAAAGAGACACCCCAGAUUUUGGCACAGUAGAAUACUGGUUCCGAUUAAGAGUUCCCAUGGACCAAGCAAUCCGACUUUAUCGAGAGCGGGCGAAGGCAUUAGGAUACAUAACAUCCAAUUUUAAGAAGCCAGAGAAAAUGCAGUUGUUGAGUCAGCAAGCACCCACAACUGCGCAGCUCAGUUCAACAGAUCCCACAGAUGGCAGCUUAAAUGAACUUCACAUUACAGUAAGAUCUUGCAGCAACCUGCAGUCCCGAGUGAACCACCUACAGCCACACGCAUAUGUUGUGUACAAGUUUUUUGAUUUUCCAGACCAUGACACAGCCAUCAUUCCCAGUAGCAAUGAUCCGCAGUUUGAUGACCACAUGUGUUUCCCAGUGCCAAUGAAUAUGGAUUUGGAUCGAUACCUUAAGUCAGAGUCUCUGGGUUUUUAUGUGUUUGAUGAUAGUGAUACCCAGGAGAAUAUUUACAUAGGGAAAGUCAAUGUGCCUCUGAUCUCGCUGGCACAUGACAGGUAUAUCUCAGGGAUAUUUGAGUUAAUGGAUAAUGAAAAGCAUUCUGCAGGAACCAUCCAAGUUAUAUUGAAAUGGAAAUUCACCUACCUUCCACCAAGUGGAUCAAUAACUACUGAAGACCUGGGAAAGUUCAUAUGCAGAGAAGAGCCAGAGGUUGUUCAGAAACUACCUCCAACAUCUUCGGGUGUUACAUCAGUUGUGGCACCAAAACCUAAACCAAGACAACGUUUAACACAUGUGGACAAAAAGGUCUCUUUUGUGGAUACCAUGCCGCACCUGAAUCCUGAGACUUCUCCUCCUCCUCCUCCUCCUCCUUCUAAGGAUAUAAAGGAUAAUUCCCCAGAAAUGGAACACACACCAGAAACAGAAAAAUGUAUACCAACUGUUCCAUAUACUUCCAAGGAAAGCAGUGUGACUGAGGUAGAAAAAAACCUAGAGAAAAUGCAACAAGGAAAAGAAGAUGACAUCUCUUUCCUCUCUGAGGGUCAGCUUGCAUCACAAAGUGUGGCUUCCUCCGAAGAUGAAACAGAAAUAACAGAAGACCUGGAGCCAGAUGAUGAGGACAGGUCAGCUUCUGACAGCGAUGACUGUAUCAUCUCAGGUUCUGUCUCCGAGGAUAACAGACAGCCAUCAGAGGAAAUUCGGAUUGAGAUAAUAGCUCUGAGCCUUAAUGAUUCUCGAAUAACCAGGGAUGACACUAUCCAACGACUGUUCAUUGAGUGUCGGUUCUACAGCCUUCCCGCUGAAGAGACACCUGUGUCACUUCCAAAACCCAAGCAUGGGCAGUGGGUCUACUAUAACUAUACCAAUGUGAUCUACCUGGAUAGAGAAAACAACCCAGCGGAGAGAGACAUGUUAAAAGCCAUACUGCAAAGGCAAGAACUGCCUCACAGAAGUUUGCGCUUCACCGUGGUCAGUGACCCUCCUGAGGACGAACAGGACCUAGAGUGUGAGGACAUCGGCACUGCUCAUGUUGACCUCAUUGAUGUGUUCCAGAAAGGGAGAGACAUCACCCAGCAGGACAUUGAUGUUGUUGAUGCCCGAGCAGAUGGAGGGAGCAUCGGCAAGCUGAAGGUGACCGUGAAGGCACUCCGUGCCCUACGCUCUGUCUACGAGCAAUACAGAGAGGACUUGGAGGCUUGAAAGAAGGCAGCCUACUUCUGAGAACAUGCCACAUGAAAGCUCCAGGAUGAGAUUUUGAGUAAUCACUCUGCUGUAUGUAAUCUAUAAUUCAUGGGAGCUGAGGGGGAGUGCCUAGGCUUGAAUGUUCAAGUUUUGUUUAGUUUUUGUGUUUGUUUGUUUGUUUUUCUAUCCCUUCUUCCCCAUGACUGCCACCCCUUAGGACUUGAGUGCUCCUCAGUGGGCUACCUUCUCAAUAAUUUAUAUCAACAUGAUAGAAUGAAAUAUCUAUUUACAUUUGCAAUGCUUUCUUACAAAGAACUGGGAGUAGUUCCCAUUUUUAUUUUUCAUACGGAAAAGCUAAAUCUUAGGAAACCGAUGAAAAAGAAUACUUUUUAUGUUAUUCCUAAUCAUCCCACUAAAUGGAAAGCCACUGAUUAGCCUCAUUAAGACUUUUAUACUGUGAAGAUUUUAUUAGAAGCAAUAUAUGAAAAUUACUUGGAUUAAUGUGUUAAUCUUCUUCUUUAAAAUGCUAAUAUCCACUUUAUGCACAUUAAAGCUCAGUAUGCAUUUUCUUUGAUGCAUGCAGUUUCUAUCAAUUAAAUAUAAAGGAGGACACUUGGCACCAACUUAGUAAAUUACUCCCAGUUUUUGUUGUUUUUCAUAAACAUGGUAGUCAUUCCAGGUUCUAUGGUACCAGUGUGUUUGUGAUGCUGAGAUGGGACCCAAGACUGUACUCACUUAAACAGACAGAGACAGAGACAGAGAGAGAGAAGAGAGAGAGAGAGAGAGAGAGAUAUGGGACCCAAGACUGUACUCACUUAAAGAUAGAUAGAUAGAUAGAUAGAUAGAUAGAUAGAUAGAUAGAUAGACAGACAGACAGACAGACAGGAAACUCAUACUUUACAAACUAAAGUUAUUACAUAGAAAAAAUUAAAGUAUGACUCAAAUUCUAAAAUGUUUAGUUAGACAUGAAAGGAGACCCUUUUUAUCAUUUUUUAAACUUACAUCAAGCUUAUACAAUGCUAGGAUGUAUCUGGAUAUGCAGACCCUCAAAAAGCAGCUCCAAAAGUUAAUUUCUAGCUUUUACACAGUCUUGCUGAAGGGUUUAAUUGAUAUUUUUAAUGGAGCUGUGAAUCAGUGCUGCAAAGGAAUUGUCUCUGGGGGUCUGAGAUAUAAUGCAUUUCAUUUUUUAAUUUACUUUUUUAUUUGUCGUUUUCUUCAAAGGAUUUUUAUAGGCUGUGGGUUUUCACUGUUUGCAAACAGACUAUUCCUUCUUAAGCAUAUGUAAAGUAUUCAGGGAGAUAAGUAAUUUAUUAAAAUCUACCUAAUUUGCCGUGCUAUAUUAAAUCUCUGCUUCAGUGAUCACAGACCAUUUCAUUUAGAGAAUUAGGCAUUCCCUCUUUGUGUGAUUAGAGCCCUGGAAAAUGAGUUCUUUGCUCCUAUUUGUGAACAUUCAAAGCCUGCUAAUGGCAGGAAGAUGGGAUAGAUUAUGAGACAAUUCAUUACAGUUCAACAGGGGGAAAAGCAGCUAUAAUGCAAAAAUGCAAGUCUGAAUAUCAGUGUAUAGUUGAACCAUCUGCUCUCACGGCUUCAGUGAUGGCUCCUCCUUGGGAGCCUUUGAAAUGACAUCCAUACGAUAUUAAUUUGUUGGCAUACUUUGUAGGACCAGUAGAGUAUGAUCUGACCACAGAAUUCUAUAAAUUCUGUCUGUACCAUCGGGCAUCUCUGUCCUCAGCCCUGCCAUCUCCAAGAGGACUCUUGCUCUCGUCAAACUCUGCAAAUCUUCAUAAUAACUCAUUCCUCUGGAACCUUCUAGUGACCACAAACAUCUGCAGACAAAACCUCUCCAAUCCUAGUAAACAACCACAUGUUUUUUGUCACUUUAGCUGGCUCUGAGCUCAUCUUUUUGGCCUCCCUUCCUAGCUUUCUUUGGCUUUGUGCAGCUGCAGUGUCAUUAAGGCCCAUACUAUUCCCUGCAGUAAUUUAAAACAGUCAGAUUAUACCCUGGGAUUAGCUGAGUGGUUUUUGAGACAUUUAUUGUGGUAUUCUCCCAGGAGGCAUGCAUUAUUGUUUUAAAAUGUUAUAGCCCAAACUAAAUAAUGCUUUCUGCAGGGAGGAAAAUGGGAUGGUGCUGACUUCGUAGCAUCCCUACGUAGAAACAAGGAAGUGUUACUCAGAAAACUUGAACAAAUGAGUCAGCUCUAUAGAGGCUAUACCUCAGGUACAGUAUAGAAUCUGUACCUCAGGUACAGUUAGGGAGGUAGCCAGGCUUCUCCUCCAUUUGUGUUUACUAGCUUUCAAAUUCUCAGCCUCAGAUGUUGCAGAUGUUCCCAACACGCCCUUGACAUGCAUGGUUACUAAAGGGUUCUGAAGGGGAAGUAGGGAGUGCCCUCACGUGGAGUCCGUGGCAUCUUUGUCUAAUCAUGUGUUGGCCAGGCUUCAUUGAAAAGUUCACCUCCGUGAGCCAGGCUUGCUGUAAAGGAUGGCUAGGGUGUGGGGAUGCCAGGCACAGACACAGCCCGGAGGAGAACUUGCAGUUCUUGGUAACUGUACAGUACACUCAGCACUCUGGGAGCUGUAAUGCUUUUACUUUGGAAAUAUGAAUAGAGAUGUGAUGUGGCGUGUGGGAGAGUGUAUUGUACAUGGUUUUUGCCUACUGUGGUAGAAAUGUCAAAUUCCCAGCCACUGUCAUGAGAAGCAGUUGACAAAAAUAAGUUUUAUGGUUUACAGUGUGGUUUACGUAGAGAACAUUUCUCUUCACUCUCGGUUUCAACAUGUUUUCUGAAUUAUCAUGGUUUGUUGCCAUUUAACUUAAAUUAGUUUUUUUAAGAAUAAAUAGAGACUAUGUUUAAUCAAAUAAAGAACGGCCACAUUGAAAUUCUGCUGUUCCUGCCAUUCAUUUGUUACCACAAAACACAAAUAAUUUCUAUGUGUCAGGAAGAAGUGUGGGCUGAGACAUGGUCAUGUGAUUUGGGAGGCUCUGCAUGCACCAAUGUUCCCACAACAAAACAUAAAUUAUUUUAGUAAUCUGACAUCAAGAGCUGGGACAAUGAAAACCAGUUCUUACACAUGUUCUAACAAGAAUCUGAUUAGCAUUUUUGUGGAUAUGGAAAAUAACUUUUUUUUAACUCAAGCUGGCACUGUCGCUGUGUUUAGAAUGAUUUCCUUAUGUACAAAACAGCAGAAUGUGAAUCAUGUCUGUGAACAAAUAUGAAAAUAAAGUACGAUCUUUGUGUAACACAAACAACCAAGGAAGAA